AUGAGCGGGGAUAACUCGUCCCACCCGGCAUACAGGCUGCUCCAGCCGCUGGCGAGUACACAGUCGGCCAGCGAUGCUGAGAAACCUGACAUCACCAAGGCCGUCGCCGAGCUCACUGAGCUUGUCCAAAGGUCCAUUGUGCCGGGCGGCGACUUGAUCGGCGAUGUCCUGUGGGAUGUAUGGAACGCCGUCUUCCAGGUCGCCGCAGAUACCCCUCACCAGAGUCAGAGUGGCGGGCUCGUCGACUUCAUGACCCAGCUCCGCAAGACGACAGUGUCCAGCCCUGGUGGCGCUGCGGUUCUGGCAGACAAGAACCAGAAAGUUUGGGAUGACAUUCCCCAGUUCGGUUGGGUGGCCAGAGAUAUAUGGAACUUCAGCCCCUCUGAUACCAGCGCGACGGCAGCGCAGCAGGAGAGCUUCAACAACCAGACGGCGUUUUUGGCCCGCUUGACCAUGCGCGCCGAUGUUGAGCGGGUCGAUAAGAGGCAUCCGUUCGACUACUCGAUGUACGCGCUGUGGUCCAUGCGCGACGCAUUCGAAGAGCCGUCGCCAAAUCAACAAGCGCAUGACAAGACGCCCGCCAUCAAGAACGCUGCCGUGUGGCUCCGCUACGCCGGGGCGCGCCUGAGGGAUCUGUCCAUGGCCGGCAGUAAUCUUCCCGAUAGAACAGGCGUCGCCGGGGACCUCCACCCUGACAAGAACUGGAAAGGCUUCCAGCAAGACAGGUGGGCGGUAUGGAAAAAUGGCUUCCAGGUCGCGCUGGACGAGGAGAAGAUCGACACGGAGACUCGAGAGAUGAUCAAGAAGGGGAUGGAGUUGGUUUAA